AUGGAGCUUGAAGAAUCUCAUUCUCACAAUACAAAUUCAUCAGAGGUUGAUUCAUACUAAUACAGCUCUAACUCAGUCGAAAAAGAUAGUUCAUAGAAAUCUACUUGCUCUGAACUGUAACCAUUAUAAAUUGUAAAAACUGUAAUCAAAAGAGCAAAAAAAAUUCCUAUUUUUUUGCAGAAGUUGAGUAAGUAAAAAAAAAAAGAACAAUUAAAAAAGUAUAAUUUUUUGAUUUCGCCUCUAUGUUUUCUUCCUAGCGAACUUUUGGAUGUUUAUGCAAACGGAGACGUUAUUCUCGAGUAUGAUUUCUUAAAAGACCCUGAGACAAAUAAAAAAACUUUAAAUUGGUCAUAUAUUAAAUAAAUCACUAACGUAGAAGUGAAGGAAGAUAUGAACACUAUUGAAAUUCGUUAAAGUGUAAAUGUAGAACAAAAAAAAGAUUUACAACAUUUGUAUAAUAAAUAUAUAAAUACCCCUGACUAGAAAACGCACGAACUAGGAAUCGUUCUCCGCUAGUUCGAAAUAUAGAAGACAGAAAUUUUGAACAGUUUUUUCAAUAUGGUUAAAAUGAACCCAAAUAUCUUAGAACCUCUCUUUAAACUUCAAUAAAAAUAUGUAGCUGCUUGUCUUGAUUGGAUUAAAAAAAAUAUAAGCCAGAAUAAGUAUUUUUUUUAUGCAUUUGGAAGCUAUAACUAAAAGUUUAAACAGUAUGAAUAAAACCAUAUAGGAUUCAGCAAGCCUCUACUUGAAUUACUUGGUUUUGAUGGAGAAAGCUUUAAGAAUUACAUUUUAAGGAAAGGAAGAUUUGAAAUUUAUAAUUCGCUUUCUAGAAUGGAGAUGAUUAUAUAAAAAAUCUAAUAUGGAAUUGAGUCAUGGUCAGAAAAAAAAUGGGAUGUCGUUUUACUCACAAUUGAAGAUAUUCCUGUUUACUGUUAGCAAAGAAAGUUAGCAAUUUCAAUCAAAUAAUUUUAAGAUAUCAUUUAAGAAUACAAACUUUAGAAUAUUAUUAAUGAAAGUUGGAUUGAUUUCAUUAAUCUUUGUGGAAUAACUGAAUUCUUUAUUGAUGAAAACUAGAUACAAAAUGUAUUAAAUUAAAGAAGAUAAAUAAAUUAAUAUGAUCCCAUAUCCGAUUUAGCCUACACAGCUCAAAGUGAAAUAUUGAUAGAAAAGUUUUAUAAAAGUGAGUAUGAAGAUAUUUAAAAAAAGUAAUAAUAAUUUUAAAAUAACUACUAUACUUAAGAUGAAAAAAUAAUAAUAAAAUGA